GGAACAACCACCACGGCACCCAGAGGCAGGUGUUGUUGGACGCUCCCGUUCAGCUCUCUCAGAUCUCUACAGACAACGUCGGUGCAGCCGAAGACGUUCAGGGGAUCUGGAUGAUGAAGCGCGGCCAGAACACGACGGUGGACGCCAAGAAGCUGGAGAAGGCCGAGGCGAAACUGAAGCAGAAACACGACCGCCGCAACGAGAAGGACUCUCUGAAACCGGCCAAUCAGCUGGUCCUGGAGGAGGCGUCGGCCAGUCAGGCGAGCAAUAAGAAGGACAGCCGAGUCGACCAAUCAGGGAAGUGCCGCAGCUACGACAUCCGCAUCGAGAACUUUGACGUUUCCUUUGGAGAAAGGUGUUUGCUGCAGGGGGCGGAGCUGUCUCUGUCGACCGGCCGGCGCUACGGUCUGAUUGGUCGGAACGGUUUGGGGAAGACGACGCUGCUGAAGAUGCUGGCCAAUCGCAGCCUGCGCGUCCCGGCUCACAUCACCAUCCUGCACGUGGAGCAGGAAGUGGCGGGCGACGACACGGCGGCGCUGCAGAGCGUCCUGUCCAGUGAUUCGCUGAGAGAAGGGCUGCUGGGGGAGGAGAGGACGCUGACCGCCCGCAUCGCUAACGGAACGUAAGC